AUGUCUGCUGAGGUAAAUUGCAUGACCGGCGGUAAUUCGGGAAUCCAUCAUCAGCAGGAAGAACCUAUAACGGAUGGGAUGGAAAACAAUGUUGUACUAACGACUACACCCGCAGCUGUUAAAUCAAUUUCCACUGAAGAAACAGACCUUUUUCCGGAAACUACCGGUACCAAUAACCACCCGGUCGGAACGCUAUGUUCUGUAUCAGGUCCUGGGUCGGGAAGUAGAAGUCAGAAAUCGAAAAAGCGACAAAAUCAAAAAACUUUUAGUCUAAUGGAUAUUUUCGAUAUGCAUAAAGGAAUUGGAAGUUGGGCCGAUGCUGCUGCAGCUGAUGCUCAUGCAACUUCUUACUCGCCUUCUACCAUACAGGAAUCUCCCGACGGUAAGCAGGUUUCUAAUGCAAUGCAACGAGCAAGUGCAUCACAGCAAGGUGAUUGGGACCAGUAUCAGAAUACCGACGGCAAUAUGCAUCCAUCCUUACUAGGUUUAGACCGAGCAACACAUUCUAGAAAUGUGGAUUUGGCUAAUUUGCCGGAUAGGCCACCGUUUGAAGUUAAAGUGACCAAUAUUAAUUAUAAGUCGUCCGACAGCGAUCUCUUCUAUUUCUUUGGUGGUGAAAGCAAUGUUGUAAAUAUUCGUUCUGAAGGUCAAACUGUUAGACGCGGUACUGCGAUCGUUUCGUUAUCAUCCCAAGAAGCUCUUGCGAACGCUCUAAAAAUGAAUAGCAUGGAACUACAAGGCCGAUCGCUGAGGAUAUCACUUCGAGAUCAUCAACCUCGUCCAUCUGUUGGUGGCGGUAGGAUACCUCUGCAAGAUCAUCAGUCACGGUUACAUUUUAGUAGCAGUAAUGUGGGACCAAAUAAUGCUUAUGGACACUACAGGAAUAAUGGUAGCUGUCACGAAGGAGGCUACAACACGUUGCCUCAUCCCCGCCGAGGACCUCCACCGGUACCGUAUCAUGCUUAUAAUUCAGAUGGUCGUAAUAAUCGCUUACCUCUCCAACACUGCUCCUCAUAUCGUGGUCGAGAUAAUCGAAGGUACGACUAUGACAAUCGUCUAUUGCGUCAUCCAAAGCCUGGAAAUCAAUUUUCUCCUCGUUUUACGAAUCGUAGUUCUGCUGAUUCAUAUGGUAUAUCUCCCAGACCGUCACCACUUAAUGAAAAUCCUUUUUUCCAUGUGGAAAUAGAGAACGAUGCCGAUAAAAGAGGUGCUGGACGUAUUCGGACGGAAAGCGUACGAAGUAGUACUACAGAUGGUACCGAAAAACAUGAGAGACGUAAGCUGCAACUGCAGCCUCGGACGAAACCUCUUAAUAGUACCGGAGAUGAUUUGCCUGCCAGGCCAACCAAUAUUUUUGGUCUUGCGAAACCCGUAGAUACUUAUGAAAAAGAAAAGCAGGCGGAAGAGCGAUUGCGAUUAGAAAACGAAGCUUUCAAAGCAGCCGAACAGCGAUCAAGAAAAGUCAGCGAACGUGCUGUUUCUGUUCCCACAUCUCCCUUACUAAUCCAUGGACAGGUUUCCGUGGUAGCAGAACCCUCGUCACAUGAUGAUCGUGAAAAUCUUCCACUGCUAGUCCAAAAAGCUGUUCCAGAAGUAAAUUGUAAAUCACUGGGGAAUGAUGAAAAGUUUAGAACUUCAGUUAUUCCUCAAUUAGCUAGUAAUGAAGAGCGCGUGAAACAAGCAGAAACACCAUCCUUUGUAGAUACAUUAACAUCAGUUCCAAAACUUCCAUCUCCACCCCUUGAAUCAUCCAUUGCAAUAGUCCGUCGACAAUCAUUUUCAAGUUAUCCUGAAAUGUCUGAAACGCGUGCACCUACAACAUUAAUGCGGACGCGAAACAGUUACAAUCGAACAUUUACUCGCUCCCGGGAUUCUGUCCGUACGCAGUUUCAAUCUAACAAAUUACACAGUAUUCCAGUGCGUCGAGGGAAAAGUGGCUCACGUCGCGGUGGUGCAAAUAGUGGAGGCUUAGGAUCGGACAGAGACAAGCAUUUUGUAGUUAGUAAAGAGAAAGUUGAGGACGACAAUGGUACUUCAAAUGUGGAACCUAUUGUACCUAAUGGUCCGAAACAACUUGAAAAUGGACCAAAACCGGAACGACAAGCCUUAUCAAAGGAAGAAAAACGUGAGUUCUUGACGACGACAGCUAAACAGCAAUGGCAACAGCAGUCCGACCAACAAUGUUCUAAAAGAGAGAAGAAAAAACAGGCAGUAGCAGCGAGGGAAAUGCCGAAGUAUGUAGAACAGAAGCCGUUUACAUUUUCAUCCGAGAACAAAUAUGCAGCACUUCUGGAUGCAGAUGAUUGA